CACCGAUUUUCAACCAUACGUUKAUUACAACCCUAAUUCCAAAUACUACUUCUUGUACUGCUAAUGUGCAAACCACAAACGACGGGAAAACUUAUACCGGAGGAAAACCAGAAGAUGGAUGUGAGGCACAAUUAUUCGAAUCGUUUCGUUUCGAGUAAGUAAGCACCGGUCAAUAAAUUCUGUACUGGUGCAACUCGUACUUCGCUGAAAAAUCCUGGUCUCAACUAUUGCUCAGACCAACACGGGUAUCCGCAACCCCAACCCCAACCUCACGACUGCACCUUACUCCGCUUCACACCCGUCACAGAACUUUUCCGCAUCGUUGAUUCGGACGAACCUGCCGCGUGUUGGGUUCCUGGCGGAAAGAUUUUUUUGAUUCUCGACGUUCAAAAGUUUUCAGAGGUACGUUCGAUCCGUGCAUUGUGCGAGUUUUUGCUUUAUAUCGUAACUUUUCCUUUCGAUACUUCGCUGUUAUAUCUCUAACGUCUAACGAGUGAAUCCCACCAUCUGUUCUGGCUUUCCGAUGCUAAUUUAUAACCAAAGACUGUGCUGCCAAAGUAUUUCAGACACAAUAAGUUUACGAGUUUCGUCCGGCAACUCAACCUCUACGGGUUCAGCAAAUUGCGCGUCCGCAAUCCAGAUGCUUUGAUACCGAAUAAUGACAACAGAAACCACGAGAAGAGAACCCAGAACCUCGUGUGUUUCCAUCACAGGUACUUUCGAGCUGACGAACCGGAGCUCUUGGAGAGGAUCCGUCGGACCCCCGUGCAACACACGCCGAUCAUCGCCAAACCGCAUUUCACCAGCGAAGAAAUAGAGAUGGAAUCAAUGCAAGAACAGAUGCGGUGCAUGACAGAAAGGAUGGAGUCCAUGUCCGCAGAAUUCGAAACAAAGCUCCAGAGAGCGAAAACAGAUCUCGAAAUUGAUUACCUGCGUCGCAUAAGGGCCAUCGAGGUCUGCUACAAAGAAUUAGCUACGACUAUCAUGGGCACAAGACAGCAGUUGUCGCCACCACCAACCUCAUUUCUAGAAGGUAGUCCCCAACAAUCUAGAGCGGUGUCUGCUUUUCCCGGGACCACUGCUCAAGGUGGCAUACCUCCCCUUCUCAGCAAGGGAACAAGCAGCCUCCUGCUCACGGCGAACAAUACUGCAGAAGGUUAUUUUUUGGAGCAGCGGCCAACGCUACUACAAAUUCUCAACAAGACCCGUCUUGGUGCUAAUCAGGCGUGUAAAGUCGGGGAAAUCGAUGCGAUGCGUAUCGCCACAAAGAGAAGCAAAAGCAGCAUUGGUUGCAAUGACAGUAUCAGCAGCAAGAGUAGCAAUAUCGACAGCAGCAGCGCAACUCCAAGAGGUCAAAAGGCACAAGACGUGCAAGCCAGAGAGAAAGGACUCUCGUUGGCGUUUGUCAACAAACAGAAACAGAAAGCGUCGUCAAUGGCGUACAUGAAUGCGUUGCAGCUGAUCAAGACACUUCAUUGAUAUCGACCAACUCACAAAAACAAUACAUUCUUGCAUGUCGACAUUAGGAUCCCGGCAGGAUGAUGGAUAUCGGAGACUGAUUUUCGCGCAAGCUCAAGCGACAUCCCAAUUUAGUUUACAGCACUAAUAUAGAAGACACCACCACAGAGAAUGGUGCGUGAUGUAAUCAAUGAUAAUAUUAUAA